GUGGAUGUGAUUUCGCUAUACGUUGGACCAGUUUAAAAGUUGACUUGUGUUGUUCACAGUGUUUGCGUGCAGGAAGUGUCAAUAGUGAAGCUGUGCAGAUCACGGUAGACCCGCACCUUUGGAAUACAUCGCUUCCAUGCGUACUCCCGGUAGCUCCGGAAAUCAACUAGCCCGGUGAGGUGUUAGCAUUGGUCUAGUUUCCGUCCGCGGAAACGCUCUUUCGCUCGCCGUUGGUUUGAUGUCAGCGCCGUGAACGUCAUACUGCUACCAUCAGUUGCCCGGACGUGGCACUCGAAGUGGUGCGUCAGAAGCAUUCUGGGGAAGAGUGUUCGUGUGCACUGUGCUGCUCGUAGGGCCACGGUCCAUUUCCACCGUUCCGGAUUAGUGUGACCUCGUCCGGAAGCGGAAAGCGGUGCAAAAAAGAAAUCUGAAAAAAAGAAAUAUGAUGUGCCAAGAAUCAAAAGCCGUAGUGAAUAAUUUACACAAAUCGAGAAAAGUAUGGAUAAAAGCUCUGUUCAUUAUACUUGUCGUGAAUGCGCAUGUGCAUGUUGUGACAUCGCAACAGCAGCAGCAGCAGCAGCAGCACCAGCAUCAGCAGCAGCAGCAGCAGCAACAACAUCAACAGCAGCUUUUACCGACAAACCUACCAUCACCGCAAAAACGAGCCGGUAACACAGCCAACGAUGGGGCAAAGGAUCACUGCAACAAAACCGUCGAUAUCUUCGAGGAUAUUUCGUCGCCCGAGGUGACCAACCUAAAUCGAAACCGACCAUUAACCUGUUGGUACCGGUUUCGAAGCAUCCGUGGAGCACCCCGGGAUUGGGUGUUGCGAUUGAAUUUCAAAAAGUUCAAAGUUGGGUCGCUGCUCAACGCAACGCACUGUGAGGGUGGCUAUUUGCAGAUAGUCGAUGGCAAUGCCAAAACCGACGUGUCAAACCGGCGCGAACCGGGUCAAUUUUGCGGCGAGUCCGAGCAACCGCAAACGUUCAUCAGUGAAACAAGUGCCGUCAAAAUAGUCUUUCACACCGAUAACUUUACCGACCAGACAUAUUUCGCGUUCGAUUCCGGCGCUGAGCAGCAAAUGGAAGUGUUCAACCGAUACGGUCCCCAUCCGGAGCUGUAUCCCAACCGUCGGGGUGAGGUGGUCCAAGGGUCGUACUGUGAGCGAGAGUUCCGCGACUGCCGACUGCAGACCUGCUACGUUCAAUCGCCCGCUUACCCGGGUAUCUAUCCGCGAGCGCUGAAGUGUCGUUAUCGGUUGCACACGAGACUUCCCUUCAUCAAGCUGUACAUCCAGAACGAGCAAUUUGCCGUUGAUGGGCAGAGGUGUGAAAACAUCAUGACAUGCCCGAUGAAGGAAAUCGGGUCGGGUUCCGAGCACUGUCCCUACGACUGGCUCGCAGUGUACGAUGGGCGCGACGAGCAUGCACCCCCGAUCGGAAAGUUCUGCGGAAUGGGCAAGUUUCCAUUCAGCAUCAUCGGAACAUCCCAGCAUAUGUACGUGGAGUUCGUUUCAUCACCGGCAGGGCCACUGCUGAACACCGGUUUCCACUUCAACGUUGGCAAUUGGCCUGGGCACGUGGAAACGGUGGGCACCAAGCAUGGUGCAUGCGACUGGCUGCUCAGCUCCGACGCGCUCCGAGCAACGAGCGCUUCGGAAGGUAUUUUCCUUAGCGUGGCUCACUGGUACCCACCGAACACCUCCUGCAGCUACCACAUACAGGGCAACGAGGACGAAGUAGUGCGACUCUAUUUUCCAAGCUUUCGAAUAAACCGCAUUGAAGCGCCAAUCAUCAAGCACGAAGAGGACUGCGCCGAAUCGCUCACGAUCUACGACGCGAAUAAUCCAGACCCUGCUCGAAUCAUCAAAACGUUCUGCGACACCUUCUCACGGCCGAUGGAGAAGAUCGACUUUGUCAGCACUGGUCGUUCGUUGUAUGUGAAGUUUCUUAGCAAAACGGGUUCAUACAGUGGCAGCUCACUUUACUACUGGGCGCACUACGAUUUCUUCAACAACACGAAGUUCGGCGAUCCGGUACCGAACACCCUGUGCGAUGAAGUAUUCUAUGCGUGGAAGUAUAGCAAAGGAGAGCUGAAGUCUCCACGGAACACGCUCAUCUACAAGCGUGCAUCUGGAAGCGAUGUGCGCUGCCAGUACAAGUUUGUCACCGAUCGGCGGCUGUUUUCGCGCGUAGUCGUCGAAGUGACGUCGGUAACGUUCAAAGAGGUGCCAUACUCGACGAGCGCCUGCACGCGUUGCCACGAGGAGCGAGUUGACAAGCUAGUGCUAUGGGAGGAACGGGACAAGAACCAGAACCGUUUGGCAUGCUUCUGUGACAACAUUCCCCGUCCGGUGCGAAUAAUCUCGUCCGGCGAUCAGAUGAACCUGGAGCUGAUCAUUCAAGGCCAGCACGCGACAACGAGCUACUUUAAGAAUCCGAACACGCUGUUCGAGGCCAACUACGAGUUUGCUCAUGGUCCUAUAUGUGGCCCGAUAACGUUAGGUCCAUCGCCCGAUGGUGAACUGGUUUUCCCUUACAAAAAUGCGCUAGGUUUUCAGUUAACUGAAAACCGCAAAGAAAAGUGUAUUUGGGAGUUGAAGGUGGCGGCGCAACGUGACCUCUGGCUGCAUCUGGACAAGGCACGAUUUGCCGAACGAAGUUGCGAGCAUGGACGCAUCGAAGUGUACCUGGCCGGGCGCCUGGAGCCACGGUUCAUCAUCUGCCCAGAGAACGUUAGCCUUGCGCGGGACCUGCCCAUUCUGUCGGCAGCCGAGCUGGGGGCGGUAGAGAACGAAAACGAACCGCUGCCUGUACUGAUCCAGUACACGGGAGACAGUGCUAUCGGAAAGAACGCGUUCAAGUUCGUUUGGACUGAGCUGUUCCAUCUACCUCGAAACGCCGACGGGACUCUUGCCACGUCGGCCAUGUUCAAGGACAGCUGCGAUUUCUAUUGCCCUGGCGACCAGCACGUCUGCAUUCCGGAAUAUUUGCUUUGUAACGGAGUGCUCAACUGCCCGAAUGUGACCGGUUUGCGCGUGGUGGAAAGCAACAUUGAUAAGAAUUACGAGUACAUCGAGGAGAACUAUCUACGCACGGGCCUAUUCGACAAGGAGUUUCUGCUGAACAUCGAGUACCUGACCGAUGAGUCGCCGGAGCUCUGCCGAACAAAGUACAUACCGGAUGUUGGAACUGGACGCGUGGAGCUUCCCGAGGUAGUCGAGUGCUUCCAAUUCCCGAUGGUACAGAUGAUCUUCGCCGCUGUAAUCGUCUGCACAUUGAUCAUUUUAGCCUUCGUGAUCUACUGCCGGUUGUACGGCCAAAAGUACUACGAAUGA